CGAUAACCGAUGACGUCACUGUCAUCCACCAAUCAGCUCACAAGGGGCGGAACUAGGAAAACAUGUCGUCUAUAUCGGAGCUCUACGAUGUGAGUUGGGAAGAGAUGCGUGACAAACUCCGUAAGUGGAGAGAAGAGAAUUACAGGAACAGUGAGCAGAUUGUGGAUGUCGGUGAAGAGCUGAUUAAUGAGCACGCAUCUAAACUGGGAGAUGACAUUUGGAUAAUUUACGAGCAGGUGAUGAUUGCGGCGCUGGACUGCAGUCGUGACGAUCUGGCCUGGAGUUGCCUACAGGAGCUGAAGAGGCAGUUUCCAGACAGUCACAGAGUGAAGCGAUUAGCAGGGAUGCGGCUGGAGGCUCUGGAGAGGUAUGAGGAUGCCAAUAAGCUGUAUGACUCAAUACUACAAGAUGACCCGACUAAUACGGCAGCAAGGAAGCGCAAGAUCUCCAUCCUGCGAGCGCAGGGCAAAAGCAGCGAGGCCAUCCGCGAGCUCAACGAAUAUCUGGAGCAGUUUGUGGGAGACCAGGAAGCAUGGCAUGAGCUGUCAGAACUCUACAUCAAUGAGCAUGAUUACGCAAAAGCAGCUUUUUGUCUUGAAGAGCUGAUGAUGACGAAUCCACAUAAUCACCUGUACUGCGAACAGUACGCGGAGGUAAAGUAUACCCAGGGAGGUCUGGAAAACCUCGAGCUGGCCAGGAAGUAUUUUGCGCAGGCACUGAAGCUUAACAACAGAAACAUGAGGGCCUUGUUCGGCCUUUACAUGUCGGCCAGUCACAUCGCUGCCAGCCCAAAAGUUAGCGCAAAGGUGAAAAAGGACAAUGUGAAGUAUGCCGCGUGGGCCACUUCUCAGAUUAGCAGAGCCUAUCAGAUGGCGGGCCGUGGGAAGAAGGAGAACAAAUGCUCGGUGAAGGCGGUGGAGGAAAUGUUGGAGUCCAUGCAGAUCACCAUGUCUUAAACCUCAGCUCUGUCCCCCCUUCCCACAACCUCUGUCACCACAACACCAUGGCAGCUCUCCCUGCUCACUAGAGUACAGCACCACGACCCACAGACCAGACCACCCAACCCAAUCACCUCUGUAUCAGUUCAUCCAUCUUUGUAUUGUUUUGAGGUCUCCGGGAAGGCUUCAGACACCCCGAACCAUUCCACAAGUUUCUUGAUUCAACCUUCAGCACUCCUUUAUUUAUUAUUAAGAGCUUAUCAUUGGGUCGAUUGGUGGAAUCAAAUGGGUCUGUGAUGGAAGUGAGCGUGUAAAGGAAAAUCUAUGUAAUGUUUUUAGUUUGGUCAGUUCUUGUAGUUUAUAAAAAAGAGAAAACCGUGAGAAGAUGGAAAUGUACUUAGUGUAUGUGCAAGAAACUGAUGUCAUGACUGAUCUGUUUCUUAGCAAAGUAAAUGAUCAGCUAAGAAUCAGUUUCGCAAAGAGUUUAGCAAAAUAAAGGACUGCAUUUUUGACUAACCAUACCAAUGUUUUGGUGGGUCUCUUCAUUGAUUGGUUAUCUGUUUCAUGCAUUGAUAUCCAAGGAGCAUUUCUUCUGUCUUGCCCUGUUUUCUUGGAAUGUUUUGACUAGUUGUUUUAAAUCUCACAACUGGAAGAUCAUCUAAGAAUCUCUUGCUUUUUCAGCAAAAUAAAGUACUGCAUUUUUUGACUAACUAUAACAAUACUU